AUGACCUCCGGAGACAUCACCCUCCUCUGUCUCAUGCUCUGUCUGAGCCAGAAGAUUCAGGCACGGGAAGUGUCCCUCCCUCCGGUUUCCUAUAAUAGAGAUUGGAAACUGGAGAAUUGCUUUUUCAUUAAUUUCUCUCUUACAGUACUCUGUCCAGGCAAGGAAAUUCAGGCACAGGAAGGGUGUUUUCCCAUUCCUAUUAUAUCUGCCACACCCAGUUCUGUGAUUCCCUUGAAUGAGUCUGUGAAGAUCCUGUGCCGGGGAACUCCCUGGUCUUUCCUGUACCAACUGGAGAUCCUGGGAAACUCCAUAAACAAGGUGGUGGAGGAAAAAUUUGGAUUUCAGGAGGAGGCUGAAUUCAUCAUUAACCACAUGGAUACAAACACUGCAGGGCAUUAUCAGUGCCGAUAUAGGAAAGAGUACAGCUGGUCGGAGUAUAGUGUAGCCUUGGAGCUGGUGGUGACAGGCUUGUAUGACAAACCCUUCCUCUCCACUGACCAGGACUCUAAACUGAUACCAAGAAAGAAUAUUUCCCUCCAAUGUGGUUCAACACACGUCCUGUUUGAUAGAUUUUCACUGAUCGAGGAGGGAGGAGCCACCUUGCCACAGCACCAAAGUGAGGGACACCAGGGCAACUUCACUCUGGGUCCUGUGAGCCCUGGCUUCUCAGGGAACUACAGGUGCUAUGGUUGGUGAAGUGGCAGCCCUUAUGUGUGGUCAGCCCCCAGUGAUGCCCUGAAGCUUGUGGUCAAAGAUACUUCCUCAAAACCCAUCAUCUGGGCCAAGCCUGAUGUCGUGAUUCCAAGGGGAAUGCCGGUUGUCAUCUGGUGUCAGGGGACUCACGAGACCGUUGAGUACCAGCUGUAUUUCGAGGGACAGCUUUGUGCCUCAGAGAGACCAAAAACACCCGGGAUGACAAACAAAGUCAAGUUCCCCAUCCCGGCCAUGACCUUAAGCAAUGCAGGGCAAUACAAGUGCUUCUAUCGAAGUGGAGAGCUCUGGUCAGGACCUAGUGACCCUCUGGACCUCGUAGUAACAGGAAUGUAUGACACACCCACCCUUUCAGUUCAGCCUGGGCCUGCAGUGAUUUCAGGAGAGAACGUGACCUUCUACUGCCGUCUAGGGACUGCAACAACCACGUUCUUUCUGCUUAAGGAGGGGAGAUCCAGCCGUCCACAGCACAGAUAUGGGAAUGUCCAGGCUGAGUUCCGCCUGGGCCCUGUGACCACAGCCCACAGAGGAACAUACAGAUGUUUUGGUUCUUAUAACAACCAUGUGUGGUCUUUCCCCAGUGAGCCUGUGAAGCUCCAGGUCACAGAUGUCGGGGACCCCAGCCUUGCACCAACAGAGUACACCUCUUCUCCUGACUCUUGGAACCCCUACUUGUUAACCACAGAGAUGCAAUUCCAGAAAGAUCCUGCCCUCUGGAAUCAUGCUGCCCAGAAUCUCCUUCGGAUUAGUCUGGCUUUCCUGGUCCUGGUGGCCCUCAUGUGGCUCCUGGCUGAAGACUGGCUUCACAGAAAGAGGGCUCAAGAAGGAGCCAACAAGUCUUCAAGCCAGGAAGGCAGGAGAAGGCACAGAAUACAAAGGCACCUGGACAAAUAACCAAUGGAUGCAGUGGCCAUAGGUAGAGCUGAAAGCUAAUCUCGACCUUGGGCUAUGUGAGCUCUGUGUUGUGCCCAUGCAGGACGGAGUAGUUGCAAGAAACUAAGGGAUGACUGCAUGGAGUUUGGUGAAGCAUCCUGGGGGAGG